ACCAUCUGCUUUUUCCUUUCUUCCAUCCGGUGCCUAGAAAGUGGAGAAAGAGGUGAGGUGAGGUCAGUACUUACUAGAGAGGAAAUAACUGGCCUUAGCUGAGAGAUUUUUAUCAGAAGCAAUGUAGCAGGUGCUUCGAGAGCCAGACAAUGGUGUUGAUAUUGUUCCUAUACUUCACAGUCCAGACAGGCAGAGAAGAGGGACUGUUUUCAGUCUAGAAAAUGCUCGUCCCUUCUCAGAACAUUUCAACUGUGAAGAAAGAGAUUGUGAUUAGGCCUCAGAGAGAAGGGCAACUCUGGAUGGUGAUAGUAAAUCAGGGACAGUGAGAGGGAAGGUGAGCUUUUUGUGAGGACUGGAAGAGAAGGAAGGCGUGGAGGAGAGGAGGAGAGAGGCUUACUAUAAGAACCUCCUUAGUAGUCCAGGGAGAUUGGGGGUGUGUUUUUGUUUGUUGUUGUUUCCGUUAGUGGCAGCGGGAAUCCUGAAUGGAUCAAAUCCAGGGUUCAACAAACCGUUCCCAUCAAAACCCACUUUGCCUCUUAAUCUGAGCAGCUCGGGCCAAAGGACCAGACCGGUAGUGACUGAUGAUCUAGUCAGUCAGCGAAUGGGAGGAGAAUUCCACUCCCUGAGAGAAAAGCUCCCUCCUUGCUUUGGAGGAGGGCCAGAGGCGGGGUGCUUUCGGUGGGAAACGCUGCAGUUCCUUCUUCUUCUUCCUUGCACAGCAGUGCAGGGUCCGGAAUGGAAGUCCUCUUCGCAGCCAUCCUUGCUGUGCCACUCAUCCUGGGACAAAAUUAUGAGGGUGAAGAAGGACUGGAAGAGGACGAUUAUUAUCAGGUGGUCUAUUAUUACACAGUGACCCCCAAUUAUGAUUACUUUGGUGCAAGUUUCACUGUUGAUUACCAAAUGUUUGAGUUAGAGGACAAGCUGAAGAGGUUGGAUAAGAAGGAAGUGGAACCAAAAGAGACUACCAUUAGUCCUGAAACAGAACAUGCCGUCCAUCAGACACCCGUAACAGUGAAAGCAGUAACAAUGGAACCGCAGAGUCCAGAUGUGAACGAGGCUAUAUCCUGUCUGCAGAGUCCUGUUUCCCCCCUCUUGUCCUGGCUCCUUGUUCAGGGGUGGAUGUAUUUCAUAUAGAAGGAGAGAAAAGGCUGCUAUGACUCUUUGGGUGGGGAUUUGGGGACAGGAAAUUGGAAGAUAAAUAAAUGAAAUAAUCUGGUUACUCUCUACUCCUU